ACUUUAUUUCAUCAUAUAGUUGAAGCAAGAGCUUUUAUAAUGGAUUAACAGGUUUUUCAAAGAGAUUUCAAUGCAAUAAUUAUGCGAAAUUAUGAUCAUAUUUUAUUAGUCACACAUUUACUAGCGUAUAUUACUUUAGCUUCGUCACACAGUGAAUCCAUUAAAAAUGAAGAAGAAUGCAAGAUAGCAGAUCUCUGUGUUCACGACAAAGUGCCGAUGUGCGGGAUUGACUCCUGUGGGGAAAUGCGCACCUUCAUCGAUACCUGUGACAUGCAUGAAUUCAAUUGUGAUAGCAAAAAGGAUUUCAAACAAAGACCGAUCCAUGAAUGUUGGGUUACGUGCAAACGCGGAAGAUCUUUCAAGAAACCUGAAUUUAGAACCGAUUGCAAUUUAAAUAUGAAAUCUAAAUAUAAAUAG